AUGGCACAUAGUGGCAGAGGAGAAUCUUCUUCCAGCUCUGGUCCUUGUAAUUCACCUCCUAACUGGAAAUAUGAUGUGUUCUUGAGUUUUGCAGGAAAAGACACUCGCUUGAAGUUUACGAAUCACUUAGAUGAAGCUUUCAAAAGAAGUGGCAUCAAAACUUUCAGGGAUGAUGUAGAUCUUGAGAGAGGGAGAAACAUAAAACAGAGUCUCUUUCAAGCAAUUCAGCAUUCUCUGUGUGCAGUCGUUAUUAUCUCAAAAACUUAUGCAAAUUCUAAAUGGUGUUUGGAUGAGCUUCAAGAGAUUGUUGAAUCUCAAAAUACAAAUGGUGUUUUUCCAAUCUUCUAUGACGUUGACCCAGCCGAUGCUCGGGAAAAAGGAUGGGAUGAGAUUUCCGUCCCAUAUCUUGUGGGAUUGGGAUGGCGUGAAGCAGAUCUUAUAGAAGAAAUAGUCAGAGAAGUAUGGACUUAUUUACUUCCUAAAUUACCAUCUUAUGGUCACAAUCUGGUUGGGAUUGAGUCAAGAGCGACUGAUAUGAUAUCAUAUUUGGAGAUUGGGGUGGAUGACAUGCGUUUUGUAGGGAUAUGGGGUAUGGGUGGUGUGGGUAAAACAACUCUUGCUAAAGUUGUUUUUGAAAAACUAUCCCGCAAGUUUGAAGUGUGCUGCUUUCUUGAUAAUGUCAGAGAAACAUUCAAAAAAGAAGGCAACGUCGUCUCUUUGCAAAAAAGGCUUCUUUCUCGUCUCCAAAUAAAAUACAUGGAUUAUGGUGAAUAUGAAGGAAUGGAGAUGAUAAGAAACCGUCUCUGCAAUAAAAAGGUUCUUCUAGUCAUUGAUGAUGUAGAUCAUGAGAAUCAAGUAAAUAAUUUGGCUCAAAGUCCAAAUUGGUUUGGUAAAGGAAGCAGAAUAAUUUUUACAACAAGAGAUAAGCACUUGCUCAUCUCAUCUGGAGUAGAUGAGCAAAGAAUAUAUGAGAUGAAAACCAGGAAGGAAGGUGAAGCUCUUGAACUCUUUUCAAACAAAGCAUUCAACGAAGGCCAUCUUCCUGAUGAGGAUUAUUUGAAGUUAUCUAAAUCUGUAAUUGAAUAUGCACAAGGUCUUCCUUUGGCACUUACAGUUUUGGGUUCUUUUCUUCGAAGAAGAAAAAAAGCUGUUUGGGAAGAUACUUUAGAUAAAUUGAAGAAAAGUUAUCUUGCUAAAGAUAUUUCCCAAGUGCUUAAAAUAAGUUAUGAUGGAUUGGAUGAGAAACAACAGGCAAUAUUUUUAGAUAUUGCUUGUUUUUUCAAGGGUUGGUUGAAAGAAGAAGUGACUCAAGUGUUGGAAAGUUGUGGUCUUAACCCAGUCGUUGGAAUAGAUGUCUUGAUUGAAAGAACUUUACUAGUUGAAACGAAAGAUUCUACAUUAGAGAUGCAUGAUUUACUUCAAAAGCUGGGUAGGAAUAUAGUUCAUCAAGACUCACCCAAGAAUGUUGGCAAGCGUAGCAGGUUGUGGGAGUUUAAGGACAUCAAGGAAGUAUUGGAAAAUAACACAGGAUCUGAGGCAAUAGAAGCUAUUUUUAUGCAAGGUUUGUUUGAGGACAGGCAAGAUAAAAUAGAAGUACAUCCUGAAGCCUUUUCAAAGAUGAGUAACCUUAGGCUCUUCUUAUGUACGAUGGGUGGCAAUCCGUUCAUGUUCCCCGGGGAAUGGAAAUUUUUGGCUGGUGCAUUAAAAGUUGUUGAAUGGUCAUAUCCUUUGAAAGCUUUUCCACCUGAAACUCAAUUGAAUGAACUUGUUGAAAUGCGUAUGUCAUAUAGCAAAAUAAAGCAACUUUGGAACAACAAACAGCCUAUGACAAAGUUGAAAUCUAUCAAAUUGGCAAAUUCUCUCAAUUUGACUGAAACUCCAGACUUAUCAGGUGUUCCAAAUUUAGAACAUUUACAUCUUGGUGGAUGCACAUCUCUUGUCAAGGUUCAUCCCUCCCUUGGACAGUUGAGAAAGCUUGUUGAGGUGGACUUGAAUAAUUGUGCAAACAUUGAAAUCCUACCAAAAAAAUUGGAAACAAAUUCUUUGGUGAAGUUAAACCUUAGGGGGUGUAAAAAAGUUGCAGAGCUCCCAGAGUUUGGGAAAGGUAUGGAAAAAAUAUCAUAUCUUGAUGUGGGUGCUACUUCUAUAACAAGACUUCCUGAAUCAGUUGGAUCCUUGACGGGUCUUAGAUAUUUAAAUUUGAGUGGCUGCAAAAUUGAAAAUCUUAACAAGUUGUUGAAGACUCAUGUAAGUCACCAAAUUUCCAACUUGAAUGUAACGUUCUUAACGGAGUUAUAUUUAAGCAGGUGUGGCUUAGAUGAUGGAUCAAUUCCUGAUUUUGACAGUUUAUCAUCGCUCAUUAUAUUGGAACUAAGUGGUAAUGAUUUUGUGAAUCUACCCAUUGGUUGCUUCUCUGGUCUUUCUCGACUUGUCUCUCUUUCGUUAGAUUGUUGCCGAAGCCUUACGUCAUUGCCAAGGCUUCCACCACGGUUGAUUCGAUUAAAUGCCUCCAAUUGUGAUUCAAUGGAACCUUUAUCAUCAGAUGGACAGUUAUGGAAUUUGGUUGCUUCACUUGACCAUGAGUGUCGUGGGCGAACUAAAUAUGAAAUCUAUGAUGAUGAGGAAGAUGCUGAUUUUGUGCCAUUCAAGGCAGGUAAAAGGCCUCCCCCACUGAGAGAUUUCUGUGCAAUUCUUCCAGGAUACGAAAUACCAUCAUGGUUUCCAACUAAAGAAGAUUGCCCUUUCGAUAAGUGGGGGGAAUACGAGAUGAAAGUGGACAUACCUCCAUAUUUUCGUGACAGUGAAUGGUGCGGAAUUGUUGUGUGCUCCCAUAUGUCAGCUUAUGGUGAUGGUUUUUGGGACGUUGGUUGGAGUAGUAAAGCUGCAGAAGAUGAUGAUGAUUAUAAACCCAAAGGGUGGGAGCAUGAUAUUCCUUUCUCCAUUUCCGAAAAGCAGUGCAUAAUGGUGUUGGAAUUAAAUGAGGAAACAUGUUGGCGGCACCUAAGAGCUCAUCAUAGCAAUUCCCUUCACAUUCUACUUUCUGUUCAACCACUUGGUUACGAUAUAGAAGUAAAGGAAUGUGGGUGGAGAGUGAUACGUAAAGAAGAGAUACAAGAUUGGUGCCAUCUUAAUGGUUUCUUCAACCAAGCCACCCAACCCCAGCUUGCUUCUUCUGAUGAGGUCAAGCUUCCGCGGAGAGCACUUAAAGAAUUCUUUUUGGGGGAGAUGUAUUUGAGUUUCUGAUUCAAGAACCAGAGAAAAAUAGACGAAUAGGUAA